CGUGUCUUUGUCAAUUAACGAGUGCCGCCGCAAUUUCCGGUGUAAAAUUAGGCUGGCAAGACGUAUGGCCAUCGGUUUGAUCUCUGCCUUCACUAAAGGGAAGAAAGGCAAAGAAAUACCUUUUGAAAAAGUCUUGCUCAUGAAAGAUGGAGAUCACAUCAUAUUACACAAAACUACUGGGAGAACUAAAUGAGCAGCGUAAGCAGGACUUCUUCUGUGACUGCAGUAUUAUUGUGGAGGGAAGAAUCUUCAAAGCUCACCGGAAUGUUCUAUUUGCGAACAGUGGCUACUUCAGAGCCUUGUUAAUUCACUAUAUUCAUGACAGUGGACGUCCUAGUACUGCUUCCUUGGACAUUGUUACGUCUGAGGCCUUUUCAAUUAUUCUGGACUUCCUUUAUUCUGGGAAGUUGAACCUUUGCAGUAAGAAUGUUAUUGAAGUUAUGUCAGCUGCUAGUUACCUGCAGAUGACUGAUGUGGUCAGCUUUUGUAAGUUAUAUAUUCGAUCUUCUCUUGAUAUCUGUGUGAAAGAUGAAAAGGAUGACGACUGCAGUCAUGUGGAGAACGGAAAUAAUAUAAAUGCCUUCGGAGAGACGGUGUCUUUUUGUAGGAGUCAAUGUCCGAACCCUGUUACAUCAAUUCAUCAACAGAAAGAUUCGAGCCCUGAGAAUAAUAAAGGACUUAACUGGAAUGAAUGCAGUACUUAUCCCAUAGAUCUAGCACAAAAGGAUCAAGAUAAUCUUUCUCCAGAUAAAGUGCACCCUCCAUCAUUACCUAAGCUUCCAGAACCAAAAGUUGAAUUUGACGACGAUGAAGAAGAAUCAGUUGACAGGUUCCGACAGUUUACACCAUCUGCCACAGAGCAGGCUGAGGACAGGCUGCAGGCUGCCCCAGCAAUGGAAAUAGCUUAUGAAAAUUAUCAGAUGAAGCAAUUUCUGGAAGUAUUACUGAGGACAGGGAAUGUCCAGCGGAAAGAGGACAUCAUGCAGCACUUUUCCCGAGGGGGACGGCCGGAAGAUGGAGGGGGCAACUUCUCUAAUAUGAUGGAUGUACAGAGCGAUUGGUAUGGGGAAGAUGCAGGGAAUGGGAUAAUUGUGCCAAAAAAGAUCUACAAGUGUCCGUUUUGCACCUACACAGCGAAGCAGAAAGGAAUCCUGAAACGGCACAUGCGUUCACAUACGGGAGAGCGCCCAUAUCCAUGCGAGACCUGUGGAAAAAGAUUCACCAGACUUGAGCAUCUUCGAAGUCAUGCUUUAAGUGUGCAUCGUUCUAACAGACCAAUAGUCUGCAAAGGAUGCAGGAGAACAUUUACCAGCAACCUGCAGCAUGGUGCAAGGCGAUUUGGCCUCUGCGAUAGCUGCACGUGUGUGAUGACAACGAAUGAGGAAACGUCUCCAGUUAAUCUGAGCCAGACUGAGCAGGUUUUGGACACCCAAGAGAAGGAAGACAAAGAUGCUAACUGGCCUGUGUAUAUAGAAUCAAGUGAAGAGAAUGAGUCUGCUGGAGACAAUGUGGAUGACAAGCAGCAGAUCCAGAGAGGUUUGACAGAUGGUGAAGGAUUUAUUUAGUGCUGCACUUUACUCCAUCCUUUCUGGAUGGAUUGCAAAUUCUCCUCCCUGAACAUCACAGUGAAUACGUGCAGUUACGUACCAUUAUAUAGAGUUGGAAACUUAAAGGCCAAAGAAACUCCACCAAUACAGAUCCCUUAUUGGUUUUCAAAUGGGACAUGAACAUGAAUUGAUACUUGCCCAAGGAGUCUUAUACGAAGUUGGUGAACUGGACAGAAGAAUAUUACGGAAUGAUUGCCAAUCUGAAUGGGGAAGCUGGGAAGACUCUUUCUGGGAUAAUUUCUAAGAUGGAAAGAGCCAAAUACUUGCUGGUACAACCAAAGUAAACUCCAGAACCAAUUUCCUUUCAGUCUUUGUUGACCGUUUGUGAAUCAAUUUUUCCAAAAGAAUCUCCACACAUAUAAUUGAGCUGUGCUAAUUCUACUUUACUUGACCUUUUCUGGGCAAGUAAACAUUGGUUGACUGGUGUCAUAGACUAAUCACUUUGUUCAAGAUCAAACAGCUUGAAUUGUUCGAUGUUGAGUAAAUAAAUAUGUGGAUAACGUUUUUAUUUAAAAGCACUAAAAAUUGUGGUAUUAGUGCAUCCAAAUCUUCAGCUUUGAAUUUUACUUGGAUAUUUUCUAACUUGUACAUAGUGAACAUUGUGUUGGUGUUCCAUCGGUUGAGUAAAAAGUCUGUUCUCCCAGCCUAUUGUUUUGGGGCCAAUAGCCAGAGCCAAGGAUUUGCCCAACCCUGGGUGUGAAACUGAACUUUGUUUAACCAGGAUAUGACACAGAUGGAGGGAGGCAGGGUGGACUCCAAACAACUGAAGAAAGUUCUCCAGCUCUUGUCUAUAUAUUUAUAAUUGUAACCAUUCACAUUAUUGUCUUUUUCUGUUUGUCUUGUCUUUCUUUUUAUUGUAUGUGGAUAAAAUGUUACCUUUCUUUCCAAGAACUGCUGUAAUAAUGAGUGUUUGAUGAACCCCAUGCUUCACUUUGAAAGGUAAAAUUAAAGGGCUAGAAAAUAGUAUUUUAAAUGAACUUGGAAAGAAACUGAAACUUGUCCAAUAUAAAAUACUGUUCUGAUCUGUCAUAACUGCUUUAAACUGCAAUAAUUAUUUUUGAUUCACAUUCGACCUCUCAAAGGGAACAAGUAGAAGACCAGACUGGUUGUCUAAAAGGAAACCUCACCACUGUUGCUCUAACCGCAGACUGUAUUACUGUUUGAUAGCCCUAAAUCACUAACCUGUCACUGUUUGUAUUGUCCACAUAAUAAUGGGGCGGAAACGUUAUCCCUGUGUCUUGAUGCAUCAUUCCCUUGGUGUCAGAUGUUUGCCAUUAAUUCUGGCACCAUUUUAAAACGUAUCUUUUUAAUAAUUACUGAUUGGAUGUGAUUUUAAUGUAUGUGUGCAUGUUAUAAAGUUUGUUUCUCAGUU